AUUCGAAACAUUGCUUGUUGGAUCUGGUUAGCAUAUGGUUUUGUGAGGGAAAAUAAUACUACUUUUGUCCAAAUACAUUUGUCUUUCACCUCAGGUAGCAGAAGCAGUGGCUCCAACCCCAGCGCUGGGAAAGGACGGAGACCCUCCCCUCGAGAAAAGGACCAUAAGGCACCGUGCUGUGGGGGCAGCGAAUCAGAAAUGGGAACGUGGGUCGGAAGGAGGGGUGAGAGAGCACCCAGUCAGCUAAGUCAUCAAAGCCACAGCCGCUCUGCUGCCAGUCAGGCCCACUCCAGCCACAGCAACGCUCAUUCUGGGUACAGCCACGGCCAGUGUCACAGCGUCUUGCAGCAUAGCCACAAGUUCACCUACAGCCAUGCCCCUUUCAUUCAGCCCAAUCAUCUGUCCUGUGCCCACAGUGAGAGAAGUCACGGCUCUUCGUACGGCCCACCGGGUCUGCCCCCUCCUUACUGCCUCGCUCACCUCGCCCCCAAAGCGGCAGCAAGCAACAGCCCACCUGGGGCUCCUCCCGUCCGGGAGCUAGCAAACGUCCCCCCAGAACUCACAGCUAGUCGGCAGUCUUUUCAACACGCUAUGGGCAAUCCUUGUGAAUUUUUUGUUGAUAUUAUGUGACAGGAGAGUGCCUUCAACCCAUUCAGAGCACAAGGCCUACUUCCCGCAGUUUGCUUAAUUUAAUUUUUCCUACUGACGAUCCCUGCACUGAGAAUGUACAAACUAGUGAUGGGUCGUUCUUGAACGAUUCGUUCAUUUUGAACGAAUCUUUAAUAUGACUCGGGAAUGACAAGUUGUUUUAGCAAGGGAUUCGUUCAUUUCGUGUUGACCGCGCAUGCGCAACAGCCAAUAGGUUUUGUACAGGAAACCGAAAUGAUUAGUGCAACUCUCGGGUUCGAGUCGUUCGUUCCUCACGUGACAGCCCCAUAGACUAGAGGCUAUGCAGUCAGUACCGGAAAGAGAAAUGAUUAGUUACUUUUCGGUAAAGACUGCUUUCAUUUAACCUUACAGGGAUGUGAUGUGACAAAAGAACGAACGACCCGAAAACUAGGGAGGUGAGGUGAACUAACAGACUGCACAGCCAGCUAAGCAAUGAAUUAAUCAUUUCAGUUUUUUUAUAAUUUGGCCUUGGUUGCAUUAUAGUUUAUAUAAUGUGAUCAGUGUUUGCGUAAAUAGAUGUGUUUGGGAAUUUGGAUAUUAACAUGUAACAUUUUAAUUAUAUUCUGCUGAAAUGAACAAAAUUACUUGGAAAAAGAAUUCGUUCAUUUUGCUGAACGAGAUUCAAAGAUCCGAGUCAGUAAAAUGAUCC